AUGGCCACCGCACUGCCCUGGAUGUUAGGCGUCCUGACCACCAGCCUGGCUCUGGGGCUGACGGAGCCCUUUCCUGCGAAUGUUGCCUCAUCCUGCAACUACCCCUCUGUCAAUGGGCCUUCUUGGAGCACCCAGAAUCUUGCCGCUGGGACCAGGGAGGACACCCGGUCGGACAGCAACCGCAUCAUGAAUGGGAAGAACUGCACCGAGAACGCCCAGCCAUGGCAGGGCGCCCUGCUGCUGAAGUCCAACACGCUCUACUGCGGGGCUGUGUUGGUGGAUCCUCAGUGGCUACUCACUGCGGCGCACUGCCACAAGCAAUUUGUUAAAAUCCGCCUUGGCCACUAUUCCCUGUCCUCCGCCUAUGAAUCUGGGCAGCAGCUGUUCCAGGGGAUCAAAUCCAUCCCCCACCCCGGCUAUAAGCACCCUGGCCAUUCCAAUGACCUCAUGCUCAUCAAACUGAAUAAAAGAAUCGUUGUAAGUGACUCUGUCAAACCCAUCCACAUCGCCACCCAGUGUCCCUCCGCUGGAACCAACUGCGAAGUGUCGGGCUGGGGAACAACCACCAGUCCCCAGGUGAGCUUCCCCAACGUCCUCCAGUGCUUGAAUGUCACCGUGCUAAGUCAGGACAAAUGCAAUUCGGCCUACCCAGGACAGAUAGAUGCCACCAUGUUCUGUGCAGGCGAUGAAGCAGGCAGAGAUUCUUGCCAGGGUGAUUCCGGGGGCCCCGUGGUCUGCAAUGGCUCCCUCCAGGGCCUUGUGUCAUGGGGAGACUUCCCAUGUGGCAAGCCCAACAAGCCCGGCGUCUACACCAACCUCUGCCGCUUCACCAAAUGGAUCCAGGACACCAUCCGCUCCAACUCGUGA